UGUGAAAAACGCGACGCUGUCAGGUCGAGCCGCUUCCCUUUCGCACAUGCAUGCGACCUCUACAGCUGUGAGAUAAUAGUUGGUUUCUAAAGCUUUCUGUAUGCAGAACAGAUGACAAUGCUUCUUCUGAGGAGAGCUGCGCAGGCGGCGGUGAGGACCAAUCAGAGCAGGUCGUUCUCUGCGUCACAGACUCACCUGAACCACAGGAAGGGUCUGGUGCUGGGAGUGUUUGAGAAGGAGGGAGAGGAGGGCAGCCUUCAUCUGACGGAAGCAGCUGCAGGUUUUGACCAGAGUCUGUCUGGGAAACUCUCCGAACUGCUGAAAAUCUCUGGUCCAGCUCUGAAGAAAGGCAAAAGCAGAGUAUUUUAUGGAAUUCACAAGGACUUCCCGUGUGUCGCGGUAGUCGGGCUGGGUAAGAGCAGUGCAGGUGUGUGUGGGACCGAGAACUGGGACGUCAGCAAAGAGAGCAUCAGACAGGCGGUGUCGGCUGGCUGCCGGUUGCUUCAGGACCUGGAGGUGAACCACGUGCAGGUGGACGCCUGCGGUGACGCCCAGUCGGCAGCAGAAGGCGCCACUCUGGGUUUGUUUCAGUACGACCAACUCAAAUCCAAGAAGAAGACCAAAGUGACCACACAGCUUCAUGGAAGUGCUGACUCGGCCGGUUGGGAGAAAGGACUCAUGUAUGCUGAAGGCCAAAACCUGGCACGGCUGCUCAUGGAGGCUCCAGCCAAUCACAUCACUCCGACCGCUUUUGCCAACACUAUCGAAGAGAAACUAGCGGCGCACGCUGAACGAGUCACAAUAAACAAAAGAUCUCAGGCUUGGAUAGAGGAGCAACAGAUGGGAGCGUUUCUCAGCGUGUCCAAAGGUUCAGAGGAGCCCCCCGUCUUCCUGGAGCUACAUUACAACGGUUCUCCCGACAGCACGCAGGCCCCGCUGCUCUUAGUGGGCAAGGGCAUCACCUUUGACAGUGGUGGUAUUUCUCUGAAGCCGUCUCCUUCCAUGGAUGCAAUGAGAGCUGAUAUGGGAGGAGCUGCCACCGUGUGUGCGUCUAUUGUCACAGCAGUAGCUCUGAAACUGCCCAUCAACAUUAUUGGUCUGGCUCCCCUGUGUGAGAACAUGCCCAGUGGAAAAGCUACUAAACCAGGUGAUGUUGUCACAGCCAAAAAUGGAAAAACAAUCCAGGUUGAUAAUACAGACGCAGAAGGCCGACUGAUUCUCGCUGACGCACUGUGUUAUGGGCACACCUUCAACCCCAGAGCCAUUGUCAAUGUUGCUACACUAACAGGUGCGAUGGAUGUGGCUCUCGGCUCAGCAGCAACUGGAGUCUUUACUAACUCUGACUGGCUCUAUGAGCAGCUGCACAAGGCUAGUGUUGUGACGGGUGACAGAGUGUGGCGAAUGCCUUUGUUCCAGCACUACACCAGACAGGUGACUGACAGCCAGCUGGCUGACCUCAACAACAUCGGCAAGUACAGCCGUUCUGGCGGGGCAUGCACAGCAGCAGCAUUCCUGAGAGAGUUUGUCACAGCUCCUCAUUGGGCCCAUCUGGACAUCGCUGGUGUGAUGAGUAACAAAGAUGAAGUUCCCUACCUGAGGAAAGGAAUGUCUGGGAGACCAACGCGUACGCUGGUGGAGUUUGCUGCCGGACUGGCGCACAACGGCUGAGAGUUUGACACAUUAUCAGAUCGGACACGAGACAGAGAGCUUCUUCUCUGGCAAGAUUCGAUAGUGAUCUCACAACACAGACAGGAAGAAAGUCAGUAUUCUGAAACAGUGUCAUUUCCAUGGAAGAGCUCUGAAUAUGUUGGCGGUGAUUCAUAGCUGUAUUUUGUAUGAAAGGUUUUUUCCAGGCCACAGUUUAGGAAAGGUUCACCUCUCUAGCUCUCUAGUAACUACAUAGUUCACAUAAUUUAUAAGUAUAUGUAUAAAUAAACUCUAAGAUUUUAA